AUGGUGCCGACUUGCGAGCCGCGCGCCAAGCAGGCGGCCGCGCGGCCGGCGAAGCGACUCCGACCACGACGCGCGCGGCCGGGUAACCAGCAGGUUCAGAGGUCAAGGGCAACAGCCGGCGGUGGACAGAACGUGUUUGAUGAUUUGCCCACCGAACUACUGCAUCGCAUUCUCGCCAACCUGCGUCCGCUACAACUGCUGGGACUGGCCCCAGUGUCGCGCCGCUGGCGCCAGGCAGUGGACGACAUCUUGAGCCGCCUGCAGCAGCUGCACCUGACCGAGGACGACAUGCGGCAUGGCAGCGGCGCGAGCCUGGAGCGGCUGCUGCGCCGCACGCGCUCCCUGCGUCGGCUCAGCACCAACUACCCCAGUCCCAACUUGAUGCUGACAGCGCGCGUUGUCUCCCAGCUGCCCAAACAGCUGACACAUAUCGACUUGAGAUCCUUCGAGAUCAACCCCAAAAUCAUGAGGAGUCUGGGCACCAGGUGCUCUCAGCUGGAGGAAGUCCGGCUGCCGCACACGUGCACGGACGGGUGCGUAGCGGCCCUGCUGCGCCACCUGCCCGCCCUGCGGCGGCUGGAGGCGGUGAACAGCGAGGUGCGCGGCACGGCGUUCUCGCUCCUGCCCGCGUCGCUGGAGUCGCUGAACGUGGACGGGUGUGAGGAGCUGCAGUCGGCCUGCCUGCGCCAGCUGACCCGCUGCCCCGGGCUGCGACAGCUGGACGUGUCGGGCGUGGAGGGGCUGCGUUCGGCGGACCUGGCGGUGGUACUGGACAGCUGUCCGCAGCUGGAGGAGCUGGACGUGGCCUGGUGCGAGGGGCUGAAGUCGACGUGCCUGCGUCAGUUGACCCGCUGUCCUCAGCUGCGGGAGCUGAGCGUCUUGUUUCUGAGUGAGCUUGACGCGGAGGACCUGGCGGCAGGCCUGGCCGGCUGCCCGCAGCUGGAGCGGCUGAGUGUGGCGGGAUGUGAGGACCUAUCGUCGACCUGCCUGCGUCAGCUGGUCCGCUGUCCCAAGCUGCGGAAGCUGGACGUGACGCGCAUGAAGAGCUUGCAGGCGGCAGACCUGGCGGCGGUGCUGGCCGGCUGCCGUCAGCUGGAGUGGCUGUCGGCCGUGGUGCUUCAGCCUCCGCUGGAGCUCUGCCUGCCGCCGGCCGGCCUACCCUCCCUGCGAUACCUCGACGUAUCCCGCUCCCAUGCGGUGACCGACGCGGCACUGCAGGAGCUGCCCGACCUGCUGCCAGGCCUGCACACGCUCAAGCUGGAAUUGUGUGGCAGGGUGACAGAAGACGGUCUGAGGUGCCUGUCCCGGCUGAAGGAGCUGCGCAUGCUCGACCUGUCCCAGCUGGAGUCGGCGACGGACGCCGUUCUGGACGAGCUGCACAGCCCCCGUCUGAGAGAGCUCAACUUGUUCUGCUGCCGCAGUUGUUCCGCAGCUGGUGUCGCACGGCUGGUGCUCGGCUGUCCCUCGCUGACCCUGCUCGGGUGGCGAGUCAAUGAUGUGACCCGCACCAGGUCCCUGAUCAACAGACUGACGCGCCAGCUGACCCUGGACCGCGACGUCACACUCGAAGUCUGGGAUCUGAAGGAUGUGCGCCGCCCACGAUCCGGCCCGCUCCGGCUGAGGUGACCCCGCACGGAGGGAGCGUCCAUGACCGCAGCCCGGUGCGCCGCCCCCGCCUGUCACCGGCCGACCAACGCACGCCGCCGCGCAGCGCCACGUGCGUGCUGCCCGCGCUGCCGCCAGCUCGUGCGGCACGGCCGUGCUGUGUCGGUGCGUGCUGCAGCC